AUGCUGCGAAAUGCGAACAAGGUCAGCUCAUACUGGAAUGCGACAGAUCAGCAGGACGCAUUGGAGUUUUUUGAUUUCUUGAUGGAUGCGUCAUAUUGCUAUGAUAUGUUGUUUACCGGUAAGCUGGAGAGGCAAUACAUUUGCACAGGGUGUGAUAGUAUAUGCCGGAGACAGGAGUCGUACCGUAACAUAUCAGUCACAUGCAAUGCCCAAGUCCGGUCUUUGAAGGGCGCUUUGGACAACUACCAAGCACCAGAAUAUUUGACGGGAGAUAACCUGUAUGACUGUGAUCGUUGCAAGAUUAAGACAGUGGGGAAGUGUCAGACAUGGAUCCAGAAGUAUCCAUCGGUCUUGACAAUAAGUUUGAUUAAGUAUGACGUGAAUCGAGAAUCUGGCUGCUAUGGGAAAGUCAAUAACUUGAUAAAGAUAGAUUUGGAGCUUCCAUUUGAAGCAAGAUGUGGAGGACAGUCGAACAUCGACGUUGAUGAGAUUGAAGACGGUGAUAAGGUUAAUGGUGGGGGCAAGGUUAAUGGUGGUCGAGAACGCAGUCGCGAUAGUGGUCAUAAUUCACGAGGUUUCGGCACGGAGAAUGAAGACCGGGAUUUGGAUCUCGUAUCAGACGCAAGUACCACAGACACGAAUCAGAACAGCAUCAUCAGAUACAAAUUGACUAGUAUCAUUUUACAUAUCGGUGCCUCCGUUGCUUCUGGACACUACGUUACUGUGGUCAGACGCCAGCAAGAAUGGUUCCUGGUUGAUGACCAUAAAGUCUCCAGACUCACCAGUCAAGAGCUCGACCGACUACUCAACAACGAAGAGCCAACCUCCACACCACCCAAAACGGAAAGAGAUCGAAUCAUAGACAACCGGAAUACCUACCUCCUCUUCUACACCAGAACUAUGUAG